AUGUUCUUCCUCAAGGAAGAAGUCAAGGUUAUUACCUUGCAUCCGUCCUUCUUCGGACCCAACAUGCGGGAAUAUCUCAUCACCCGGUUAAACGAGGAAGAGGAAGGUCGGUGUACGGGCGAUCACUUUGUGAUCUGCGUCAUGGACAUGGUAGAUAUCGGCGAAGGACGUGUGCUGCCCGGCAGCGGACAAGCGGAGUACACGAUCAAAUACCGUGCGAUCAUCUGGAAACCGUUCCGAGGCGAGACUGUUGAUGCGAUUGUAACCUCUGUCAAACCUACUGGGAUCUUCACUCUGGCGGGGCCGUUGUCUGUGUUCAUUGCGCGAAAGAACAUUCCCUCUGACAUCAAAUGGGAACCCAACACGGUACCGCCCCAGUAUACGGAUCAUGCAGACCAGGUGAUCGAGAAGGGAACGAGCCUGCGGCUCAAGAUCCUGGGUGUGAAGCCGGACGUUGCGGCAAUUAAUGCCAUUGGUACAAUCAAAGAGGAUUUCUUGGGGUGA